GCGUCUUUGAUACUCGGCCCGAAGAAGGCGAGGCACGGAAAGCUCGCGGAGGUCCAAGUGCGACCUCAGGCGGAGGAGCAUAGGCAAGAUGCUGCACACGACGGCAUUCUCGGCGAUGGGUACAGGCAGCCGAAGACAUCCCUUAGAGCACACGCGCUUGCAUCCAAGGAGGCCUUCCGGUGCAACGUCAAGGCGUCGCACAAGUGGUCUCUGAAGGAGAGGCAGCACUGCUGCUCCACCAGCGGCCUUGGAUGUCCCCAGAUGAAGUGUGAAUCAGGCAGCGAUGACUGGCAACACGCCUG